UGUUUCGCAAUGAUUUGAUACGAAUGCUUCGAAUAACUAAUUUUAUAUUGUUUUGUAGGCUAGAAUGUAAACUAUGCUAAUUUUAUUUUAGGUAUAUUUAUACCAGUAGAGUCAUUGUGGUCAUUUCAAUCCCCAAUACCGGCUGAUUGGACACAGUGGUGCUCCAGUGAGUGUCUCUGAUGGCCUGCUGUGAUCCAUCCCCACCCCCGGGCGAGGCCCGCCGUCCUGGCUCACCACUCGAACACCAUCGAUCGUCGGGAGAACCGUACGAGCACCCGGCCGCCGGCUGCCCCGGCCCUCCGGACGUGCCGUGCCCGCACGUGCCCGACACACGUGCCGCCAUGGAGGCGCCCGUGCCGUGCACGUCCACGCUGCGGACGGCGCAGCAAAUGGGCCUGCGCAGCCGACCGGCGCACCAGCUGGCCACGGAUGGGGUGCUCGUGCGAACAAAGUACGAAACUCUGCCCGACCACCUUCAAGAUUUGGCCGUCUCCGAGAUUCUCUCUAGUGACCGAUUUCUAUCCACCGCUGCCGAGUCGUACACAUUCAAACGGCGUGACCGGUGUCUGAACCCGGAGCCCGUCUACAGCCCGGCCCCUCCCAGCGGCUCAGUGGAGUAUCUCGGCGAGGUGGAACAGCGUCUGAGGAACUGCUCCCUGCCCGCCUCCAAACCGCGUUUCUCGGAGUACUCGGAGGCGUUCGCGCCGCGCCGACACCUGAGCGCCCCCCUGACGGCCGUUCCUUACCGACCGUGCGCUCUUCGACCGGCCACGGACGUGCUUCCCCGACACGUGUUCACCGCCACCAGUGGUGUAGCCGGAGAGGUGAACCCUUACCUCUCCACCACGAGCAAAGACUUCCAGCCGGUGAGCGCGGCGGCGGCUCGGCGCUACCGGGACGCACCUUCAGGGGACACCUUCACUGGUGACCCAAUAGUGCCAGAGGAGGCCGUACCCCAGCCGCACUGGCAUCACUUCACCCCAACCGUCCCUCACACCGGUCUGAGUACGGAGAUUCAACGGCGGUACCGACCCCCGCGACUCGACUGGUGCUCGAGACACAACUGGACAACGGAGCAGAGGGCGCCGCUGGUCGUUCCACCCACCACGCGACAACUCAUGGGAGAGGCUCAGUUCGAGCGAGAGUCGGAUAACUACGGCACGGGUCGACACAACAGUGUGGUGCUGAGCUGCGGAGGUCUGGUGGGCAGACAGAAACACAGGCGACAUCUGUGCAACCUGAAACUGGAAGACCCUGCCGAGCAGGCAGUGCUCAACGGACGGUAGAUGGCACCACUGAGACCUGACGCACAGGGGCUCAACACCGGGGUGGUCCGAUGCGAUUGGCGAAAUGGGACACUAGACGAGAAAAAUGAGGGGUGGCUGAGCUCAAGCUGUUAGCUGAGCAUGCUUUGCUCGAUAUUGAAGCAGGCAAUGCUCCGUGAAAUUGCUCGGUCUGGUAAUGCCGACUUCUAAAGUCAGUUUCAGCAAUAUCAAGAAACAUGAAAAUCGAAAUCAACAUGGAUGAUUUACAAUUAAAUAUAAAUCGACCACCAAUUUCAGCUAUCCGUUUUUCAGGCCCAGCCGCCAGCCAUUCUCAUCCUUUAUAAAGAUGCCUCGUGGGUAGAUUGACUGCGAGGCAAUCAUCCAGACGAGGCAUUUAAUUCCUGGGUGACCGUUUAAACAUUCGUAAGCACUAA